CAGAGGACAGGGUUAGAUGGAGGCGCGUGAUUCGCUGAUUUACUUUUACUUUCAGUACUUCGUGUACUUUUAAUACUUCAGUUGUUUGUUUGAACAUGUAGUUUUAAAAAGCAGUGGUUGUAUUCAAACGUGUCACAGAGUGUUUUAAUCUGUGUAUUAACUCAUUUAUUGGCCGGAUGUUUAAGCAGCCGCACUCUUUUCCUUUAAGAGGACUUUCCCUUUAACUCACCUGACGUGACCGCACCUGAGCUGAACUUCCGGAGAGUUUCACAACAACAACAACAACAACAGAAGAAGAAGAAGAAGGAGGAAGACGCGCAGAGGAGGAUCAGAUCAUCACGACGGCAGACAUGUCUCUGCUGACAGACGAUCGGCCUGAAGAUGCCCAAUGCCCGACAGGAAGCACCAAGAUGGUUGACAGUGGAGGGACGAAGACGAGACAGGACGAGGUGCUCAGGUCCGCCAUGAUGGAGCCCAGAAUCCUGCAGUGGCCCGGAGACAGACAGACAGGUGGACUGACAGGUAAAGGGGACAGGAUGAGUUUGAGGUCAGACAUUUCUCUACGUGAGGCGGCAAGUUGGACAGAAAGUGAGAGAGAACUGAUGGCAGAGGGAGAGAAGACGGGGGGAGGAGGGGGGGGAGCAGGUGAAGAGGAGGAGGCAGGGCUGAGGACACACCUGGAGGAGGAGGAGCCUGUAGAGAACCACCUGCCAGAGAAAGCAGCUCAGGUGUUCAGUCCAGCAGUGACCGUCCUGCAAUCCCCUUCCUCACCCAGAGAGAGUGAGGCAUUCUGGGAAAUGAAGUCAGAAAAUAGCCCCUUCCUGUGUCCCAGAGGAGUCCCCCAGGACUACAACCAACAUGGCUACCAGUACGACUGGACCGAGGACAGGCAACCUGCUCUAUGUGGACGGUGCUGUCCCAGCAGAGACGUCCUGAAGGUGAUGACAUCCCUGAUGACAUCAGCACUCUUCUUCCCCUUCCUGGUGUGGGGGGGGUUUGUCUUCCUGCCGUUUGACGCCCCCCUGCUGGACGGCGCCCCCCUGAGACUCGUCUACACGCUGCGCUGCUCCGUGUUCGCUGCCGCCCCCAUAGUCCUCGGUUGGCUGGUUCUGGGUGUCAGUCGGCUCAGGUCAGGUGUUAUGCGGCCUCUGUUUGACGAGGAGGUGAAGGAGGCGGAGCCUCAGGAGGUCACCGUCCAUCGGAGCUUCGUCUCUGACUCCGCCUCCCUGUUCCUGAUCUACUUCCUGCAGCUGGUCGUCAUGGCGAUGUACCUGAACCAGGAGCAGCUGAAGCUCGUCCCUCUGCUGACCGUCGUCUUCACAUUCGGACGGCUGGUUUACUGGGUGGCCGCAGCUUUCGGCAGCAGCGUUCGUGGUUUUGGUUUCGGCCUCUCCUUCCUGCCGAGUCUCGCCAUGAUGGCUGCCAACAUCUACUUCAUCUUCACGGUGGAGGCGGCGGGGUCCAUCUUCAGCCUCCCGCCUCCUCCCGAGGAGGCGAUGACUCCACCCGCCGGCAGACAGAGGUUCUGGGGAUGAGAGCUGAUCAGUAAUCAAUAACCUUCCUGUCUGGCUGAAAUAUUUCGGAUCAAUUUUGUUUUUUAAAACUUUUUAAUGAAACUUUGAUAGAAAAAAAAUCAAAUAAAAAUGUUUGUUUUAUUCUUUAAAAAUGUUUAAAGUUAGUUUACAGAAUCAGAUAGCCCCGCCCACGUUCUUUAGCCCCGCCCACUCAUCUGACGCGUUUAAUUCAUUUUUGUUAACAUUUUCAGCAGAAACUGUUUUUUGUUUUGUUUUAGUCUCUUUGAAGCAGUUUGUCGAAAUAUUUAGCUAUUGAACUUCUUCCUGUUUACUUCCUGUUCAGUCUGUGUUUCAACAUUUUAUUUUGUAAAUCAGUUUUAUGAUCAUUAAAUAUUUCAUGCUCAAUUUAUAAAAAA